AUUCUUAUUUCAAAUAUUUCGUGUCAUGUGAUGUUUUUUAAAAAAGUCUCAUUUAAAAUAAUUUUUCAAUAGGAAAGCUACGCCGAAAAAUAAUAAAUUGAAGAGAUAAAUGUGUAAAGAUCUUUUAUACUUAAUUAACAUUACUUUAAACAACAUCUUGUAAUGGAUAAUUUGAUCAAUUUCGAUGAAGUAAUCGACAACAAAAAAAUUCAACGCUCGAAAUCGCCAAUUCCAUUUGCUUAUCCUCUUUUGGUUCCUGAAAAGUUAACAAAUGACAUAAACAAUCCAUUCGAUCGAUUAGAACAAUGUUUAGCAUAUCCUGACGAUCCUUUUGAAAGCAUUGAAACUCAAGCUCAAUUGAAAAUAAAAAUUGAUCCUAACGAGGAACUUCAUCUUCAGGAUGGCUCAUUAUUUUCCUUCGAUUGCUUCUCAAUGGAUUCAUCUCAAUUGUCAUCAUCGUCGAAUAAAAAUCAAAGUACAAAGAACAGCAGCUUGAACAGCGAAUUAUCUCAUAAGACUGUGAAUCGAAGUCAAUCUGACUCAAGUAGCACUGGCAACUCGAAGUUAUGUCAUGAAAAAUUAAUUAAAAACAAUUCAGCUGAUAGUAUUCAGAAAAAGUCGCAGCCAUUACUUCGAUUGAGUUUCUAUAACUCACCAAAUUCUCCUUUAAAGUGCUCCUCAUUUAAUAACAACUCAGAUGCCGACAACAUUUCCGUUGAAGCUAAAAAAAUUGCAAAAAAGUUUGCUUUGUCUAAGGAACUCUCAAAUGAAGAUAUCAACAACAUUUCAAGUCAACUUGUUGACAUUUCAUUAAACGAUUCAGAUUUUCAAGAUCUGAAUUUAAAGGUUCUGGACAAUAAAAACUCAACGGUCGUCCCUUCACCACCAUCAGCAGAUAAAAUUGCUAAAUUACAAAUGCAACUUCAACGAAUAAAGAAAGAGGCUGACAAUGAAGUUCCAGUUCCAGUUAAAAUUAAACAAGAGAAACUCUCGCCAAUUAAACAUGAAGAUAAAAUUAAAGAAGAAGAAAUUGAUAAUAAAGAGUUUGAGGGAAUUUUACAAAACUUAAGGAACGUCAUGUCACUCGGCAACAAAGAUGAAGCGAAGAAACAUUUAAAUCGUUUGAAUGAAUUGAUUGGUAAAGAUGAGAAACCUUCAAAUGAAGCUAAAAAUACUUUACAUGUUCAGCCAAUUGUUCGUCAAGAUACGUUCGAGAUCGACGCUGAUACUGGAAACCGAAGCUAUAAAAACUCGACGACACCGCAAAAAAAUGGGAGUGAAGAAAUUGUAAAGAAAUUAUCGGAAAUUUUAGGAAGUUCAGCAGUCGAAGUUCACUCCUUGGAUUUAGGAAAACAUGCAAUGAAUCAAACGAAGCUUGUUGUUGUAAUGCCAACAAGUACGCCAAUGAAGAAACCUCAAAGGCCUUCUAUGUCGAUGAGUACGUCGAAAGUUCCGACGUCAGCAAUCAAAGCAUUAGAAAAGAAACGGCCACUGACGCCAAUGAGAAAUUCUCUGACGUCAGAUCGUCUUAAACGUCUGAGUUCAGCAACGGCACCCCGUCCAGUAACAAAUUCAAAUCCUUAUGCACAAAAACUUGGUGUUGGAACAGUUCGGAAGUCAUUAAUGGGAUCAAUGGAGAAAAGUCCACAUAAUUUAAAAUCAUCGAUUGAUGGAAGUCGUAAAACUAUGACAGGAACACCGCGACGAUCAGUUUCAAUGAAAGCAUCGAUUCCACAAGUUAGUGUUAGUAAGCCAUCACCAACAAAAUCAUCGAAUUUCCGUCCAUCAACAAGUGCAGGCGUUAAUUCAACAACGAAUAAACGAACGUCCAUAGCUUCAUUUGAUAAAAAACGACCAUCAACUGUUACAGCUUCGAAGCCAUCGUCAUUAUCAAAACAAAACUUUUCAAAGUUCAAAACACCAUCAGCUGUUCGAAAGGUGCCUAAAAAUGAUGACGGAAGUCUUGUUUAAUUCGAUUCUUCCGAAAAGUUGUGAUUCACAUUUAAAUCUUGUCAAUUAAAACUUUUUUUUAUUAUUAAACAUUCCAAAAUAAAUUUCCUGCCAUUUUCAACAAUAAUUAAACUUUUUUUUUGUUAAUUAGAUGAUUAGAGAAAACUAAAUUUAAUGACAAUCAUAUCUGUGGACAAUUGUUGAUUGCCGUUGACCGUGAUUUUUGUUUUAAAAGCUUCUCAAUUCAAGUUGCAAACUGAACACUUACUUAGAUAUCUUGUAAAGGAAAAUAAAAGUUCGUUUGCAAAAGGAAAUGGAAAAAUUUAUUAUAAAUUGAUUAGUCGCUUUCCUCGACUGAAAAAGGAAAUUAAAAAUCAAUUUUCACUCUCGGUUUGUGGUGUUGAAAUGGCAGAAAAUACCGCAGUUUAAAACACGACCUUUUAUUAAUGAUCGCAUCGAACUCGUGAAGUUUUAAAUUAACUACAUAGUUGUAUGAUUUGAGGAAUGUAAAAAUAAAUUUUUGAAAAGCUU